AGCUCUGUAGAAGCAAAGCAGCUUUUGAAGAAAAUUUCUGCCAGACAGCCAGCAGUAAUCCUGGAUGUGGCAGCAAUGCUGUCUGCAAGACAACCAGUGGAAGACCAACCUGGACCAUCUUCGGACCAACCUUCUUGGUGUGUUUGCAGCCAUUGCCCUAUGAUGGACCAAGACCAGGACAGGAUUUGUUGUGGCAUAGCCCCACAAUACUGUAUAAGCCAGAGACCGGAAAUGGGAUUAGUGGUAACUGAUCCGCUAACCCUCCAAAUCCAGCAAACAUUUAGAAAUGAUGUGUUCGCCCAUCAGGCAGUAGAUGUGGAGGACACACAUCGCUCAAUGCGACAUGCGGCAUAUCGCCAGUACGUACUUUGGAUCCACAGACGCCUUCAAUGGGAUGACCGCAGGACAGUACCUGCCUGUUGUGUUAAAGUCAUCCGUGCCAAGUAUCCUAGUCCUACUGGAAACUAUGCUGGGUUCGUUCCUGGACACGGAAUUGGAUGGGUGAUGAAUGUUCUCCAUAUGGCAAAAUUCAACUUGAGUGGGCAUCCACAACCAAAUGCUGGAAAAAGCUUCAAACAGACUGCAGUGUAUUCUGUCUUCAAGAAUGAGCCUUGUACCAGAUAUAACUGCCGAUCAAAUUGAUGACUGGUUCAAGAUCGGUAGCAAAACUGUAAAAGUAAAGACUGUCAAAGCGACAACAUUUGGUGGACACUGCGUGGAUCCAGAUACUUUAAAACCGUUGCAACCAGUACAUCAACAUGUUCCGAGUUACAAAAGGAUCCCUGCCCUGAGGAGCGGCAAUGAGUAUGCGGCCCAAUACCAGGAGGAGGAGCAGAGGAGACUGCUGGGAAGGCCUGCCCUGCUUGGGCCAAGUGACACAAUGUCAGUGAUGUCAUACGACACCGUGUCAGCUGUCAGCACACGACUCGAGGAGCUAGAACUGGACAGCACCAUAGCAGGUACAGAGUGCACUCAUCCAGGCGAGCUCGCCCCAGAGAAUGCGAACAGUGUGUACACGUCAUAUAACUUUGUCCACGCUUACGAUGACAGGCUUCCAAUAACAAGGUUUAAAGAGCAGGUAAUCUCCACUAUAGAGAGCAGUCAGGUGACCGUGAUCCAGGGUGCCACAGGCUCGGGCAAGACCACACAGGUUCCUCAAUACAUCCUGGAUCACCAUGCAGACCUCGGCAAGUACUGCAACAUCAUCGUGACGCAGCCCAGACGUAUAGCCGCCAUCAGCAUCGCCAAUCGUGUCUGUCAGGAGCGGGGAUGGCAGAUUGGGUCAGUCUGCGGCUAUCAGGUUGGUUUGGACCGUGUGGCGGGGGAUGACACCCGUAUUCUCUACUGUACCACAGGAAUACUCCUCAACAAGCUGGUCAAUGACAAGAACAUGCACAAGUACACACAUGUCAUACUGGAUGAGGUCCAUGAAAGGGACCAGGACACCGACUUUGCCCUUCUGGUCGUCCGUAAACUGUUGCGCACGAAUUCCCGGCUGACGCGUGUGGUGCUCAUGUCAGCCACGUUCGACACGUCGCUGUUUGCGAGCUACUUCAUGCUGCCAAUCAUGGACCGGUUGGAGCAGGCGCCUGUGGUGGACGUGGAGGGCAAACCAUUCAGCGUAAAUGAGUAUUACCUGGAUGAUCUCUCACAAUUGGGGGAGGUUCCUCACCAAAAUGAGGGUGACCCCUGUGUAGCCCCAGAGGCCCUCAGCCUGGCAGUGAAACUGAUAGAGCGCUUUGACGUCAUGGAGGAAAAAGAACAAGGACGAAGUCAGACAGGUUUUGCUCCAAUGAGAGGGACUGUCCUUAUCUUCCUACCAGGGCUUCAUGAGAUCACUAGUUUGGAUGAGCUGUUGAAACCCAUGGCCCUCAAACACCAGCUAAGGCUGAUACCUCUCCACUCGAGUAUCACAAAUGAGGAACAAGGUCUGGUGUUCACCAAGCCAGGGGAGGGCAUGAGGAAGGUUAUCCUGUCCACGAACAUCGCAGAGAGCUCCAUUACUGUACCGGAUAUCAAAUAUGUUAUCGACUUUUGCCUGACAAAGAACCUUGUGUGUGAAAUGGAGACAAACUACACGAGCCUACAGGUCCACUGGGCGUCCAAGGCAAACUGUGUACAGAGGAAAGGUCGAGCUGGUCGUGUUUCCAAUGGUCGUGUGUACCGUCUCGUCUCAAAACAAUUCUAUAACAACCACCUUGAGGAUUAUGGUCUCCCAGAGAUGCAGAGGUGUCCUCUUGAUAAGCUGAUCCUGCAGACAAAGAUUCUAGAUCUCGGUGAACCGAAGGCCAUCCUGGCCUUGGCCCUGGCGCCCCCAAACCUUGGGGACAUUGAGCGCAACAUUCUCAUACUCAAGGAGGUGGGUGCACUGACAUGUAAAGGCAACCCCCAUGAUGGUGACCUCACAUUCGUUGGCCGGGUACUGGCUGACCUCCCAGUGGACAUACACGUGGGCAAACUUCUCAUGCUGGGCUACGUGUUCGGGCUUCUGGAAGAGUGUCUAAUUAUCGGGGCGGCCAUGUCUCUCAAGAACAUCUUUGCUCAGCCAUUCAAGCAGCGACUGGAUGCUUUCAAACACAAGCUGGAAUGGGCAGAUGAAUCCAACAGUGACUCCAUUGCCAUUCUCAAUGCCUACAAGCUCUGGGAGCACAAGCGUGAGCGGGGAGAGUUCCGCCGCCAGGGUGGUGGAGGGGAGAUGGGCUGGUGUAAGAACCACUUCCUGCAACUGAAGAACAUGAAGGAGGUGAGUGAGCUGGUGAAGGAGCUGACCAAGCGACUGGAGAAGUUCAACAUCCUGCGGCCCAAACAGGAGCCCCUGUACAAGGCCCAGUUCACUGAGGACCAGGAAAAACUGCUCCUCAAGGUGGUGUUGGCCGGGGCUUUCUACCCCAACUACUUCGUCCGCAGCGAGAUUGACCAAAUGGACUCGCACCGAGAACUUGCGGGCUACAACCCACUGAACACUGUCAUGGUGAAGGGUCUACCCCAAAACCAAGGCAGUCUGUAUCGGCAGGCUGUAGAAGAUCUGUUUAGGAAGUGUGACCCCAACCCUACUGCACACUUCGAGGAGACCAGGGCUUACAUUGAGUUUUCAAGACGGACUAACAGUCGGAACAAAGUCCAUCCAGGAGUUUGUCUGGCCCUGAAAAUGAAACAGCUGAGAACCCCAUUGUGUAUUGACCUGUAUAAUCCUGACGAGGCCCAGGCCCGUAUGCAGAAGCUGAUGGCAGAGCGGCAAUCCCAGGGAGGUCAGGCUGGGAAGUCCGGCCCCUUGAUCCGUGAGACCGGUACAGACCGGGUCGCGAACCAGGUGGGGGCCCCAGACCCCACCCCCCUGGAAAUCAUUGGCGUCCACGUGACCCAUGUGAGCGACUGCGGGCAUUUCUGGGUCCAGUUUGGUGACGAGACAAACUUCCAGGCCAUGAAUCAGGUUCAUAGUGCCCUCAACUCUGGAGACAGAAGCAGACUGAAGCCGCUUAGUGGAAACCCCAGAACAGGUCAGUUUUGUGUGGCGCCCUUUGCGGAUGACUCAGUUGUGGAGUACUAUAGAGCCCAGAUUAUGGGGAUGGCCAACAGGUUUGACCAGCAACUGGGCUCCUACAGACUCGUGGUAGAGGUAUUCUUUGUUGACUAUGGCAACACAGCGGAGGUACCCAAAGAGGAGCUGAGGGAACUGCCAUCACAUCUUCUGAAGGCCCCAUUCCAGGCUAUGGAGUGUGAGCUGAUUUGUAUUCGGCCGUCUGCAUUGAAAUGCCCUGAUGGAAAGUGGACGCCAGCAGCCAACAACUUCUUCAAAGAACUCGUUCUCAACCAACGUCUCACGGCCAAGCCAUUCUCCUAUGUUCAUGACGUGUUGCGGGUAGAACUCAUUCACGUGCUGCCCAACAGCAUGCAGUUCACGACCUCCAGUCGACUCAUCUACGAGGGGUUUGCAGACGAAGCUGAAGAGUCUCCCCUCUCAAAGCAAAGUAACGAGCAGCGUAAGGAGGCCUUGUUCCUCACACGGGGGUUCACUGGGCGUCCAGACACCAAGCGUCCAGAGGACUACUUCUCUAUAGGGGGGGAGGGCGGGGCUACACUGGCCUGCCAGCCCCAACUCCUGGGUAGAGGCGGGACUGACCUGUCUCGACACAGGAGUGGCACGAUAACGCUGACUGGGCCAGACAAUCCAUACAUGAUGAGAUUCUAUGGGCAGACUAAUGUUGGCAGAUCAAGGACAACAAAAAUUGAGCCGACCAGCGUUAACUCUGUCGCCAUUGAGGAUGAGACACACGUGCAGACACUGCGCAUGAUGAUUGCUGGUUUCGUUGGCUUGAACCCCAGUGGCGCCACAGUGAUCGCCCGGGAUACCACCAUCAUGCCUCUCAUGCCAGGGCUGCCAGAGAUGGUCACACUGCUGUUCACACCUGUGGCCGAAUUUAGGUUGAACGCACAGAAGACCCAGCUGAUAGGAGCCAUAUGUGGGCUGGGAUGUGAUGAGGAGACAGGCAUGCCCCUCCUGCCUGACCAUGACAUUGAGAUGGCCUUCAGUGUGGUGGUGGACAACAAGGACAUUGCUGCUAUCAAUGCAGUGCGUAUGGCCAUCAACUUUGCUAUUGGCAGUCAGGAGGAGGUGGCCUCAUGGGGACCUGACGCUGUCUACAAGAUACAGAAGAGAGCACGUCUGCAGAUCAUGCAAGUGUUGCAGAAACGCCGGGAACCGUGCACUAUAGAGUACCCCCAGAACAUGUACUGUUGGAACCAGCUGGACCCAGACGACAUCAUCCGGCAGCCUGUGAACCUCGGUGACUUCAAGACCCUGCUCAACCUGCACUCUGGCCUGGUGCAGCUAGAGGGGCUGGACCAGGUGACAGAGGGAGAAAGACAGAGGCAGAAUGCUGUCAAACACCUGCAGAUGCUCAGGGAUGUCGUUGCUAAGAACAUUCGAGGUCGACCAAUCAAAUGUGAGCUGUGCGAUCUGGACUGCCCGACUCCUCAACUGCUUGCCCUUCAUCUGGAGACCGCUAAACACAAGGAGCUCGAGCAACAAAUUAUGGGGCCACCAGGGGCCAGAAGUACGCGAUAGGGUCAGAGGGAAAAGGUCUUGCACAUGUGUCACAAGAUAAGGUGGGAUCAAGUGAAGAACCUACUACCAGGAACUCAAGUGUAGACAGAUAUUAAUGGGUCGGUGUGUUCUAUGUACUGAUUGGAGAAUAUUAGUUAUAUUCUUGCAACAUCUGAAGCAAUAUUUUAACCUUGACUGAAAAUUGUUCAUUUCCAUUAUCUGUUUCUAUCAUGUUUUAAGUUCAUAUACUAGUAAUUGAUGUUAAGUAUUAAUUGAUUAUCACAUAUAAACUUACUAGUUGUUUCUUUCAUUUGUCAGUGAUUCCCAAUUUUUCUGGCCAGUUUAGACAUAUUACAUAUUCAAAGUGUUAACAUAUACCAGAACUGGUACUAGGUUUCUAGAUUCUGGCCCCUUUGCAUCAAGUAGACUUGCAAUAACAGUGUGCCGAGGAUUAAGUCUGUCUCAAUAAGCGAUCAUGUGUAAAAUUAAAAGGCUGUGGUGCGGAGACUUUUAUGAGAUCUGAAUGUUUAUGUGUGAAUGCCAUUUGCCUUAUAAAGAGAUCUGUUUUGCACAUUGACAAACUUUAAUUAACUCGCUGUGUUUAUUCUCAGAUAAAUUUGCUUCUGAUCUCCAUGUUCAAUGUUUGAUUAUUAAAUAUCAGUCAAGGAUAUGACAUUCAAAUAUUAAGUUCUGUUGUAUAAAGAUCGGUGAAUCAAAAGUUGUCUGUUUUUGCUACUUUUUAUAUAAUGGUUAUGUUUAUUACGCAAUCAAGUGUAUGACCAUUCUGUUUUAUUGAGUUUGUUGUUGUUGUUAAAUUGUUGAUGCUGAAAGCAUUAAAGCUUUUCAUCAUUUGUAUUGAAAUUUUCUUUAUUGUUAAUAGUGUCAUAAAAAUGUCAUUUAUCGAGAAAAAACUCAAUACAAUACUGUAGAAGCAUUAGGUUUCUUUUUAUUUGUGAUUUGCUGAACAUUUGUACAGACAUUACAAAUUGUUUUCCUUUUUUGUGUUAUUUUUUAAAUUCAUUUUAGAUAAUUAUUUCAUUUGGUAUAGUCAUUUUAUCAUGUUUAUUUUUUGCUGAAAAAUUAAAAUUGGAAGAAGUU